CGCCACCCUCCACGCCUCGCCCGCAGGAUGCACCUUGCUGACUUUGCUCUCCCAGUGUCCAAAACACGUCGUCGCCCCUCGCGCACCACAAAAUGUACACAAACCAAUUGAGCCACUCGCCAUCGUCCUCCUCGUCCUCUGUCGACGAAGCCGAGAACACCGCCGACGAAGAAGACUCCGAAGACUACUGCAAGGGCGGCUACCACCCAGUGCAGGUCGGGGAGGACUACAAAGACGGCAAGUACACGGUGGUGCGCAAGCUGGGGUGGGGCCACUUCUCAACCGUCUGGCUCUCGAGAGACAACACCACCGGCAAGCACGUCGCGCUCAAGGUCGUCCGCUCCGCCGCGCAUUACACCGAAACCGCCCUCGACGAGAUCAAGCUGCUGAAAAAGGUCGUCGAUGCGAACAAGGAGCACCCCGGCCGCAAACAUGUCGUCAGUCUGCUCGACUCGUUCAACCACAAGGGCCCCAACGGCGUCCAUGUGUGCAUGGUGUUUGAGGUGCUGGGAGAGAAUCUGCUUGGUUUAAUAAAGCGCUGGAAUCAUCGCGGUAUACCCAUGCCGCUGGUCAAGCAGAUCACGAAACAAGUUCUGCUCGGCCUCGACUACCUCCACCGGGAAUGCGGCAUCAUCCACACCGACCUGAAGCCCGAAAAUGUCCUCAUCGAGAUCGGCGACGUUGAGCAGAUUGUCAAAACGUACGUCAAGGACGACCCGAAGAAGGAUAACGAACGGAGCAACCCAAACGGCCGGCGGAGACGGAGAACGCUUAUCACAGGAAGCCAGCCGCUCCCCAGUCCGCUCAACGCCAGCUUCAACCACUCCGAUCUCGCCACUUUUCCCGGUAGCACCCAGAGCCUCAACAAGAUCGUAAGCGAGAAUACAGGUAAAGAAUCCCCCGUCACUGGCUUGAGCCCACCUGCGCAAGACGGUGUUGUAAUGAGUGGUGCGCUAGGCACUUCGUCACCGUCUGCCGGCCUGUCUAUGGCAGAACGACUUGGCAUCAAGCAACCCACGACCAGCGACGAUGACGUUCAGAAGCAGCGAGAAAAGACUGCUGACCUCUUAACCAAAGAAGUUUCCGGUAUCAGCCUCGAUAAAUCCAGCACCACCUCCUCCUCGAAAACAGAAACCUCCGGCGAGAAGAUGGUGGAAGACCUCGCCUUCGAAACGAUCUCAGUCAAGAUCGCGGAUCUUGGUAACGCAUGCUGGGUCGGCCACCACUUCACCAAUGACAUCCAGACCAGACAGUACAGGUCUCCUGAAGUUAUUCUAGGCAGCAAGUGGGGAGCAAGUACCGAUGUCUGGAGUAUGGCCGCAAUGGUCUUCGAAUUAAUAACAGGAGACUACCUCUUCGACCCGCAAUCCGGCACCAAGUACGGCAAAGACGACGACCACAUCGCGCAAAUCAUCGAGCUCCUUGGCGCCUUCCCCAAGUCCCUCUGCAUGUCCGGAAAAUGGUCGCAAGAAAUCUUCAACCGCAAAGGCGAGCUGCGGAACAUUCACCGGUUACGCCAUUGGGCGCUGCCCGACGUCCUCCACGAGAAGUAUCAUUUCAGCGUGGAGGAUAGCAAGCGGAUUAGCGGCUUUUUGCUACCCAUGUUGGAACUGCUGCCCGUGGAUCGCGCGAACGCGGGAGGCAUGGCCGGACACGACUUCUUGAAGGAAACGAAAGGCAUGGAGAACGUGAAUUUGGGUUUUCCGGUGGGGAGCAAGGGAGAGGGGAUUGAGGGAUGGGCGAGCGAGGUCAAGAAGACGCGAUAAUAGCUAUGGAGCUCGCACCGCGCGAUGAGAAACGACGGCAUGGCUUAUAUUUCAAGGGGGAAGAGGGAUGGAUGGCGUGAAGGAACGUAAAGGUAAAGCAUAGCAGGGAAUUGGGGUUUGGGGCUUCUGGCGUCGGACUACCACCACGACACACGGCAACUUAUCUAU